AUGGCCUGGUCCAUAGGCAAAGCCGCCGAAGGAAAGUAUAAGUACGGAGGUGAAGCACAAGAGGACAAGGUACUCCCGGAAUCCUUAGUCGAAGUCUCGCUGUCGUUAUCGGAAUUGGCUUCGGCCGAAUUCGAUACUGUAAACGAUAUCUCGAUUCCGGAUAUAUUGAGCGUACUUGCCAGUGACGGAUCGGACGCCAGUUCAUUCCAACUGGUUUCGAUGGAUCAAAGUUAUCGUAACCCAAGUGAGUUUUCAGAAGGCGAUGCCGAUUCGGAAUCGUCCGGUGGUAGCAGCGACAAAGAAAGUACCCGGCAGCCUGUUGCGGGACCGCCUAUCCAUAGUCCGAAGGCUUUCGAUCUACCUCUGGAAAUUGAUCCCAAGUAUGUGCCUCGGUUACCCAGCGUACCGCUAGAGCACGUUAAAUUAGGGGUUCUAGGAAAAGUUUCCAGCAUUAUCAAAGGCUGUGUCAUCAUUGAAUCACUGCCAAACUUGCCUCCCUUGGAUAAGGGCUCCGCUCUCUUUCUCCAAAACCGCAAACCACUUGGCGAGGUAUAUGAUACGAUUGGUCCGGUGAGAUCACCAUUCUACGUGGUGAUCCACGAGAACCGACAGCCACCAAGCAAGCCUCCGAAGGCACGCAGUGAACGGGCAACUGCAGCCUCCACUGCCGCAAGCGCAACCGCGAGAUCUAGUGCUACCGCUUUAUCUACCACUGAGGGAGUGAAAGGUGUUUCGGCACAGCCUCCACAAGAGCUCCCCAAGUUGAAUGUGACAGUCAAUGUGGGAGACGAGGUCUUUUACGUCUUGGACGACCCAGCUCUUAGCAUCAAGAUUCUAUGCUCUGAGCUAUCGAAGCUUCGCGGAUCCGACGCUUCUGGUCUGAAGGAUCAGGAGCUCUCUCCGGAUGAUUUCUCCGACGAUGAGAAGGAGUAUGCGUAUAGGCGAAAGCUUGAGGGCAAGCGGCCAGUCGGUGGUAACAGGCAAGGCCGCGGUGGUUCUGGUUUCGGUAGGGGCCGCUCAAAUCACCUGUCUCGUCAGGGCGGUUUUCGGCCUGGUGCUGGUGGUGGCUCUGUACGCAUGCCGUGUGGUGAAGCAGGGAGACUUGCUCCACAUCCUGAUCUCUACACCUCCUACCCGCCCAGUCAACCAUUAAUGUAUCAACACCCUCCACCUCCGUCACUGAAGCAGGGUUUUUUGCGUCCAUCAUUAUUGGGAUCGCAGGUCGUCGUACCUCAGCAAACAGUCCCGCAGCAAUCGGUGCAGUUUAUGCCACAGCAACCGAUACCGGUUGUCUCUUGGAAUGUAGCUUCGAUACCGUACGCUUAUUGCGGUCCUCGGAUAGCUGGAUGGCACUUCGCGAAUCCGAGUUAUUUUCCCCAACAAGCAGUGAUGCCACAGGGAAUGUUACUGUCAUACUCACGACAGCAGGUGGUGCAGGAAUCGCAGCUGACUAACUAUGAGGGCAAUUUGGAGGGUGUCGUGGAACCGACGCCGCUGCCGGCAUUCACCACUGGCACUCCGCCGCGUCAGGAGGACCCAUCGGCGUUGUAG